CCGCGACGCGCUCGACGACGCGCGACGGACGCGACCGCCGACGCGAGACGGACGCGGUGCAGCGCGCGGGUCGUCUCGGCGACGCGCGAAGAGCGACGCGAGGCGCGGCGAAGGACGCGCGCGGGGCGACGCGAGGGUUUCCGAUCGGUCGACGCGCGAGGACGCGCGAGCGCGCGCUGAAGCGCUCGAAAGCGCGAUGGUGUACGCGUGCGGUGACGAUGGAUUGAGCGUGCAAGACCUGGCGACGCUGGACGUCGGGUCGCUGACGCCGCUGUCGCCGGAGGUGAUCUCGAGGCAAGCCACCAUCAACAUCGGCACCAUCGGACACGUCGCGCACGGGAAAUCGACGGUGGUGAAGGCGAUCUCCGGCGUGCAGACGGUGCGGUUUAAGAAUGAGCUGGAGAGAAACAUUACGAUUAAGCUAGGAUACGCGAACGCGAAGAUAUACAAGUGCGAGGAUGAGAAAUGCCCGAGACCGGAUUGCUAUCGAGCGUACUCGUCGACGAAGGAGGACGCGCCGGCGUGCGAGGUGAAGGGAUUCGAGGAUAAAAAGAUGCAGUUGGUGCGACACGUGUCGUUUGUGGAUUGCCCUGGACACGAUAUUUUGAUGGCGACCAUGUUGAACGGGGCGGCCGUGAUGGAUGGGGCGUUGUUGUUGAUCGCCGGGAACGAGACGUGUCCGCAGCCGCAGACGAGCGAGCACUUGGCGGCGGUGGAGAUUAUGCGACUGAAGCACAUCAUCAUUUUGCAAAAUAAGAUUGAUUUGGUGCAAGAGAACGCGGCGGCGAACCAGUACGAUACGAUCUGCAAAUUCAUUCAAGGCACGAUCGCGGAUGGUGCGCCCGUGAUUCCGAUCUCGGCGCAGUUAAAGUACAACAUCGACGUCGUGUGCGAGUACAUCAUCAAAAAGAUUCCGGUGCCGGAGAGGAAUUUCAUCUCCCCGCCGAACAUGAUCGUCAUUCGAUCGUUCGACGUGAACAAACCCGGCGCAGAGGUUGAAGAAAUUCAAGGCGGCGUCGCCGGUGGAUCGAUUCUCCAAGGCGUGUUGAAGGUUGGUCAAGACAUCGAGGUUCGCCCCGGCAUCGUCACCAAGGACGCGGAUGGGAAAAUUCAGUGCAAGCCCAUCAUGACUCGCAUCGUUUCGCUGUUUGCGGAGCAAAACCUGCUUCAGUACGCCGUCCCGGGUGGUUUAAUCGGCGUCGGUACGACGUGCGACCCGACGCUCACGCGCGCCGAUCGCCUCGUCGGUCAAGUGCUCGGCGAAGUCGGCAAGCUCCCCGAGGUUUUCACCGAACUCGAAGUCAACUUUUUCCUCCUCCGUCGUCUCCUCGGCGUUCGCACCCAAGGCAGCGAGCGCCAAGGGAAGGUAUCGAAGCUCGCCAAGAGCGAAGUUUUGAUGUUGAACAUAGGUUCCAUGUGCACCGGCGCGCGCGUCGUCGCCGUCAAGUCGGAUCUCGCCAAGCUUCAGCUCACGUCGCCCGUGUGCACCAAGGUUGGCGAAAAAGUCGCGUUGAGUCGUCGCGUCGAGAAGCAUUGGCGCUUGAUCGGCUGGGGGUCCAUUCAGGCCGGCACCGAGCUCAGCGAAUAAUAGCACAUUACCAUCACGCGUCUUUC